AUGCCUGGAAGAAAUUAUUAGCAUAAAUCUUCUUUAUCUCUCUUUUUGAGAGUUUAAAGUGUUUGCACAGGAGCCAUUUAUUAAGGUUAUACUUUGACUGAAAUGCUUUUCACUGGCAAUUACAUCUUAAGUAAGUAUGGUUUCGAAAUUUUCAAUAUGUCUGAAUCAGACAAGCCUCAAACAGAGUAAUCUCGUUUGAUGACUAUUCUCAUAGGACCUAUCCUUUGUAUUGCUGGUAUGCUUACUACAUAUUUUACUCCUCACUACACUACAAAGCUCGAAAGACGUUAAUGCAUGAUGAUAUCAGAUAUUGUCUUCCUGAUUGCUACAGUCUUCACUCAAUUACCUGCAUGGGAGCUAUUUAUGGUUGCUCGUUUGCUUAUGGGUGUUUCUUGCGGUAUAGAUCUUAUGAUAACUCCACUUUACAUUCGUGAAGUUUCCCCUGAUAAUAUGGCUGCUAAGACUGGAUCUCUCUUCCAAGCCAAUAUAUUUGUUGGAGUUAUUGCUGGUUUCUUAAUGUCUAUUCCUGUAUAAGACUUUGUCUCCAACGAUUAAACUAUUGGCAAUGAUUGGCGUUGGGUAUUCAUUCUACCUGCUGUAUUCUCAAUUCAGCGUCUUAUUUCACUAUUGAUAUUUUACAAAGAAGACACUCCAUAUUACUACUACAGAAAUCGUUAGCAUGAGAAAGGUAGAAAAGCUUUAGAAUAAAUUUACCAAUAGAGAUUUGUGAAAAAAUUUGAGUAGCAACUUCUUGGACCAGGUUCAGUUGAUGUUCCUGAAAUCAAAUAGCGCAAUUAAACAGAAGAAAGGGUAAGUGCAUCUUCAGAAGAUAAUAUUGUUGAUGAUAGAUUAAAAAUGAUCACUAAUUAAUAGGAACAUUCUUAUCACAAUCGUUUGCGUGUAGGUUUAGUAGUAAAUUUGUGCUAAUAAAUGUCAGGCUGUACUGCUAUGAUAGGUCUUUCUCCAAAUGUAAUUGGUCUAAUCACUGAUGACUACGAAACAAAAAAAUGUAUGAUCUUAGGAACUUAUUUAUUCCUCUUUUUCGUUGCUACUCUUGGUGUAGGCUUCAAUCGUAAACUAGCCCGUAAGAAAUAUUUAGUUGGUGGUUUCUUAUUGUGUGCUGUUUUUUAGAUUAUCCUUGCAAUUAUAAGUUAUUUUACAAAUGACUUAAAGACCAAUACAACUCUCUAAUUCGUCUUUUUGAUGUUUGUAUUUUUCUUUUAUGCAUCAUAUAACUUCACUGUAGGUCCAGUCACUGUUAUCCUAACAUCUGAUAUUCUUAAGGACAGAGGAUUUAGUUACAGUAUUAUGAUGAACUGGGUCGGAGUAUUCCUCUCUAUCAUGUUACUCAUCAAUCCUCAGCAAUAUAUUAACCACAUUAUUUAUGGAACAUUUGCACUAUUUGGUUUCCUUUUCUCUGUAAAAUAUAUUGUAGAAACUAAAUGGCUUAACUUUAACGACAUUUAAGAUCUCUAUUAAGACAUCGAGCACAAUUUACAUGAAUCAUUUUAUGUUAAAUAAAAUAAACAAAAUGAAAAUGAUUUAAAAUAAAAUCUAUUAGAAAAUUGA